CGCGGCCAGCCGCCUUCCUACUGGGCUCUGAAAUGGACGCUCCCCGAGCGCCCCCUGGUGGAUUGUGGAGGUAACCGCCUGUCGAUGCCCAGCAAUGGCCACCGUGCUCCCUCCGGGUCCCCAGCCGACCUCUGGGAAUGAGACUCUGCAGCUUCAUCAUCUUGGAGAACCUGAUGGUUUUGAUUGCCAUCUGGAAAAACAAUAAAUUUCACCACCGCAUGUACUUUUUCAUCGGCAACCUGGCUCUGUGCGACCUGCUGGCCGGUAUAGUCUACCAGGUCAACAUUCUGAUGUCCGGCAAGAAGACGUUCAGCCUGUCCCUGACGGUCUGGUUCAUCAGGGAGGGCAGUAUGUUUGUGGCCCUCGGGGCGUCCACCUGCAGCUUGCUGACCAUUGCCAUAGAGCGGCACUUGACCAUGAUCAAGAUGAGGCCCUACGAUGCCAACAAGAAGCACGGGGUCUUCCUUCUGAUCGGGAUGUGCUGGCUCAUUGCCUUCUCUCUGGGUGCCUUGCCCAUCCUGGGCUGGAACUGCCUGCAGAACCUCCCGGACUGCUCCACCAUCCUUCCCCUCUACUCCAAGAAGUACAUUGCCUUCUGCAUCAGCAUCUUCAUCGCCAUCCUGGUGACCAUCGUCAUCCUGUACGCACGCAUCUACUUCCUGGUCAAGCCCAGUAGCCGCAUGGUGGCCAAUCACAACAACUCGGAGCGGUCCAUGGCCCUGCUGCGAACGGUGGUGAUCGUGGUGAGUGUGUUCAUCGCCUGCUGGUCACCCCUCUUCAUCCUCUUCCUAGUAGAUGUGGCCUGCAGGGCCAAGGAGUGCUCCAUCCUCUUCAAGGACCAGUGGUUCAUCAUGCUGGCGGUCCUCAACUCCGCCAUGAACCCCGUCAUCUACACGCUGGCCAGCAAGGAGAUGCGUCACGCCUUUUUCUGUCUGGUCUGCAACUGCCUGGUCAGGGGCAAGGGGGCCCGCGCCUCGCCCAUGCAGCCGGCUCUGGACCCAAGCAGAAGCAAAUCCAGCACCAGCAACAACAGCAGCCACUCCCCAAAGAUCAAGGAUGGCCUGCCCCACCCAGCCGCCACAUCCUCUUGUCACAUUCUAGAAUGCUGUGACAGACUGGCCCAAGACGUCAUUGGCUCCAUUGGCCAAGCUUUUGAGCUCCGAUUUAAGCAGUACCUGCAGUGUCCUUCCAAGAUCCCUGCUCUCCAGGACCGGUGA